AUGCUAUUCAGUGCCAGCUCUACAAUUUUGGCUGCUUUUGCGGCUCUCACUGCCACGACUUUGGCCAUGCCCGGGGUGAAUCCAAGCCUCGAGCGACGCGAUUCCACCACCUGUCGCUACUUUCAAGACACGGACGGUCUUCGCGCUCAAGACGUUCAUGUCUGCGAUGGCAUCGGUGCCAACAUUCCCUGUUCCCAGGUGAGAUGGGGCUGUGAGGCGCAGGGAAGCCGCAAGAUUAUGAGCUUCACUGUUCUCGGUUGCAACCCGGGAGAUGUCGAGUGUGCCAUCUACCUUGCCACCGCUCCUCACUUGGAGGGAGUCAAGUGUAUUACUCGGGGUUGA